AUGAUGAAGAGUAAGAACAAGAAAAGAAAGAGAGAUGAAAGUAGGAAAGAAAGGAAUGAUAAGUCAAACAAUCAGCCAACGAGUGCAGAACUAGAAUGCAGGGAGGCUAAGCGCCAAAGGGGUAAAGUGGAAACACGUGUGAAAAAUAAGAAAAUCAAAGGUGAGAAUAGGUUGAUAGGCCAGGGCUGCUAGUUUUUAUAUAAUCCAUAGGAAUAAAGUAAAAAAAAAAAAAAGGGGGAAGUGGGCAUUUACAUUAACAAAAGACAUGGAAUAUGAAUCAGUAUCAAAUAAUUAAUAAUGUUGUAUACACCAAUUUAACAAUGUAAUAUGUAAUUCACCACUUUUAAUCUGAUUGGAUAACGCUGAUACAUUAAGUCAGUACUAAAUGUAACAAGAUUAUUAAUGCUGAGAACUGAUCAUUUAUUGAAAACUUUUUCAAGGAAUUCUUACAUGAUUAUUAAAUCAUAUUAUUUAUUUUUCUUUACAAUAGGAAAAUGUAAUGAGCCUCCAGCUACAUCUGCAAUUUCGUUAGACAGACUUUCAUUCCAACGAGUCCUAGGAAGAGGCGCCUUUGGAAAAGUUUGCAAUGUUUAUGCUAGAAUUUAGUAUUUUAUUGGAGAAUUUGAAAUAGUUUUUUUGCUACAGAUUCCCAAACUACUAUAUUUAACAUGUUCAAAUGUCCAAAUUAUUUUAGUUACUUUGAUCUACUUUAGUGUGAACACUUUCAAUAAUUUCCAUCUCAGUCUCAAGUCUAUUUUAAAGAUUGUAUUCAAGACCAGCACAUCAGAAAACAUGUUGUAUACAUUAUAAGCCUAUAUUAUUAUGAUAUAUUCAUCCCCAAUUUUUGUGGAAUCAUUAUAUACAGGACCGUCUUUUACGCGGGGCAAACGGGGCAGCUGCCCCAGGUCCAGUUACUCCCCGUGGGCCCUGCUGCCCUCAAAAAAAAAAAAAAGUUUCCUGGCCGAUUUAGGUGGGGCCCCACACUGUAAGGGGUCCCACCGGGUGGCCCAUGCACUUAGGGCCACCCAGUGUACUUGUACCAGCAGGGGCACGGUCUGGCGCUGCGGCCCUUUAACAGAGUGACCGAGUCCCUUGCUUUUCGGCAGCGCUGGGAGGAAGUGACAGCCGAGAGUCACUUCCUCCCAUAAAGAGAGCUGCUGCGCGGGAGAGGGCAGAAGGAGCUGCACGGGAGAGGCCAGAAGGAGCUGCACGGGAGGGAGGAGGAGGAGGCAGUGAGGAUGGGGGCUCCUCACUCGCAUCAGCCUCAGGCAGCACACUGGACCCCAGAGAUGCCACCCUCCAGCAAAAGAUAGGAAACUGGAGGGUGGGCCCAAAAAUUUAAAUUUUACAUGUAUGUCAGUUUGUCUGUCCAUGUAUCUGUGUAUGUAUCUGUGUGUGUCAGUAUGUCUGUGUGUGUGUGUGUGUGUGUGUAUAUAUGUCAGUAUGUCUGACAGUGUAUGUGUCAGUAUGUCUGUGUGUGUGUGUGUGUGUGUGUGUGUGUGUCAGUAUAUCUGUGUGUGUGUAUGUGUCAGUAUGUCUGACAGUGUAUGAUCUGUGUGUGUCACUAGGUCUGUGUGUGUUAAUAUGUCUGACAGUGUAUGUAUCUGUGUGUGUCAGUAUGUCUGUGUGUGUGUGUGUGUGUGUGUGUGUGUGUGUGUGUGUGUGUGUGUCAGUAUGCCUGACAGUGUAUGUAUCUGUGUGUGUCACUAGGUCUGUGUGUGUUAAUAUGUCUGACAGUGUAUGUAUCUGUGUGUGUCAGUAGGUCUGUGUAUGUCAGUAUGUCUGACAGUAUGUAUCUGUGUGUGUCAGUAGGUCUGUGUGUGUUAGUAUGUCUCACAGUGUAUAUAUCUGUGUGUGUCAGUAGGUCUGUGUGUGUGUGUCAUUAUUUCUGUCUGUGUAUGUGCCCAUGUGUGUGUCAGUAUGCCUAUUAGUGUGUAUGUGUGUGUGUCAGUAUGUCUGUCAGUGUAUGUAUCUGUGUGUCAGUAUGUCUAUCAGUGUAUGUAUCUGUCAGUAUGUCUGCCAGUGUAUGUGCCUGUGUGUCAGUAUGUCUAUCAGUGUAUGUGUCUGUGUGUCAGUAUGUCUGCCAGUGUAUGUGCCUGUGUGUCAGUAUGUCUACCAGUGUGUCUGUAUGUGUGUGUGUGUGUGUGUGUGUGUGUACCUGUUGUGUGUGUGUGACAGGCACAUACACUGAUAUACAUACUGACACAGGCACAUAUACAGACAUACGGGGACACACACAGGCACACUGAUAGACAUACUGACACCAACAGGCACAUACAAUGACAAACAUACUGACACACAGAUACAUACACUGACAGACACUUACAGACACACACACACACACACACACACACAGGGACAUGCACUGAUAGAUAUACUGACGCACACAAACACAGGCACAUAUACAGACAUACUGACACACACACAGGCACAUACACUGAUAGAUAUACUGUGUGUGUGUCAGUAUGUCUGUAUAUGUGCCUGUGUGUGUGUGUGUGUCAGUAUGUCUAUCAUUGUAUGUAUUUGUGUGUGUCAGUAUGUCUCAGUUUAUCUGUCUGUGUAUCUGUGUGCGUAUCUGUAUGUAGUCAGCGUGUGUACCUGCAUGUGUGUCACCGUGUUAACCUGUGUGUCUGAGCAUCUGAGCACCAACAUUAAAUACAAAUACACCCCUCCAUUCAAACUUCAACACUACAUACAAACACACUCCUGCAUUGAAAUGUCAACAUUACAUACAAAUACACUCCUGCAUUGAAAGUCAACACUUCAUACAAAUACACCUCUGUGUUAAACACCAAAAGUAUAUAUAAACAAACCCCUACAUUCAAAUGCACACCUAAAUGCACACUUGCAUUCAAACUCUAACAUCACAUACAAACACAUUCACACAAACAUAUUCCAUACAAAAACAAGCUUACAUUCAAACACACAAACACAGUGCUAAAUACAACCCUGCAAGCAUGGAAAAUUGGUAUAGCCCCAGCUGUCGUUGGAGUUGCAUGACAGAUAGGGUUCUACCUUCUUUUCAACCUUGCAAUUGGGGGUCCCAAUGAAAUUCUUGCACCAGGGCUCUUUCUACUUCAGUUACGCCACUGCGUUGGGGUGGAGGUGUGAUUGCAUGCCAGGGAGUGGAUCCAGGGGGCCCAAGCAAAUGCUUGCCUAGGGCCCAGUCAAUAUUAAAGAUUGCCCUGAUUAUAUGUAUAGUACAUUUGCAUUUGGUACAAAGCUCUGGGGGUGCUGUCUGCUAUUUAAGACAAGCAUAUGAUCUUCCUGAACCAUCCAGGACUGUUGUGAGAAGCAACGUGUCUAUGUUUCUUCCCCCAUAGAUAGUGCUCGGCCGCCUCUGUCAAAUCAGAGAGUGGAGGGAAUAUGUUCUCAAUAUAAUUUAUAAGGUGGAAGUGCCCCCAUUCUAUUAUGUGUAAGAAGGAGGAGACGGAGGCAUAGCAACAUAUAAAAAUGUUUCUUCAGCUUAAACUUAGAACUUUUAGGAUCAACUUUGGUACCUAUGAUUAGAGUCUUUCGGUUUAUAGGGAAGAGAUUAGGGGGAGGAGUUUGAGGUUGAUUUAAGUUUAAAAUUGGGAAUUAGGAAUUAAGUUAGUGGUGUUUAGGACUAAUGGGAUUUAGCAUAAAAAAAACGCUCCCCACCAAUAACACAGUUCAGUUUGUUGAAGUGUUUUAUGGGUAAGGAGUAUCCCCUUUUAAUAGCACUUUAAAACGUGAAAUUACACAUAGGGCUCCACAAUUAAUAAGAAAAGUGGGGAAAUAAAAAGGGAAUUUGUUUUAGACCAAAUAGUCAUACUGAAAAUGGUCUUGAGUCGUCCACCUGCAUUUUUCUGGUCAGUUAUAACUGUGUCCUCCUAGCUGCUCAUUUCAACUUGCAAGAAGUCCAGCACAUGGCAGUAGACACAUGAUGGGGAAAGAAGUAUAUGAAUGUGGCAGUUACCCCUGCACAUCGUGAUCAACUCUCUGUAAAAUAUUGUCUCUUUCCAAAUGUAAUGAUUAUAUUUUGUAAACAGUCAUCUCUUGUCAUUAAAUAAAAUCCAUCUGCACUACCGCUUUUCACGCAGAAACUAUUUACCAAGUUUUCUUCUGCCUUUAAUGCCUUUGUUUCUUCUACAGGUCAUGCUGGCCUCAGAUAAAAUAACUAAGGAGAAUCUGGCAGUGAAAAUUGUCAAAAAAAGACCUCUGCUACAUGAGGAUAAGGACAACACACUUCUAGAACGUCGAGUGCUAGAGGUCGCAAAUGGAUGUCCCUUCCUUAUUGGCGCACACGCCACUUUCCAAACUAAAGUAAGAACAUUAUUGCCGUCCAUCAGCUCUUUCAUUAUAGGAAAGAUAAAAUCUUCAGCAUACUAUAUUAUCUUUUUUUUAUUAUUUUGUUUUGCCUUUGCAAACAGGAUCAUCUAUUCUUUUUAAUGCAAUAUUUGAACGGAGGUGAUCUGCAUACGUUUAUUGAAGAGAACGGGAAGCUGGACAUUGACUUUGCAAGGUAAUUCUUGAAAAUAGAUAACAGUAACUGAAAGAGGACAAUGGGAAAUAUUAUAUAUAAAAUACACUAUAUAGAAGAAAGUGGAUGGAGGACAAAAUGGUAAACAAUGUGGUUGCAGAUGGAAAUUAACCAAGGUUCUUGGAUACAGCAUUAGAAAUGUAACCUGAACAUCAGCCUCAUCAUUCCUCCACUUGUACACAGUGAAAAGUAUUACUGCAUAUAAAUUAGUAGCAUUAUUGAGAAUAUUGUAAAUGAGGUAAACCACUCAUAUCUGAGAUAUAACUAUUAGAGCUAAAAACAGGAUCAGAGCAGUAUUAAAGGACCACUAUAGUGCCAGGAAAACAUACUCGUUUUCCUGGCACUAUAGUGCCCUGAGGGUGCCCCCACCCUCAGGGUCCCCAUCCCGCCGGGCUGUAUGGAGAGGAAGGGGUUAAACUUACCUCUUUCUCCAGCGCCGGGCGUGGAGCUCUCCUCCUCCUCUGCUCCCUCUUCUUCCAUCACCGGCUGAAUGUGCAUGCUCGGCAAGAGCCGCGCGCGUAUUCAGCCAGUCCAAAGGAAAGCAUUCUCAAUGCUUUCCUAUGGACGCUGGCGUCUUCUCACUGUGAAAAUCACAGUAAGAAACGUGGAAGCGUCUCUAGCGGCUGUCAAUGAGACAGCCACUAGAGGCUGGAUUAACCCUAAUAUAAACAUAGCAGUUUCUCUGAAACUGCUAUGUUUAUAAAAAAAGGGUUAAACCUAGCUGGAUCUGGCACCCAGACCACUUCAUUAAGCUGAAGUGGUCUGGGUGCCUAUAGUGGUCCUUUAAAGCCAGUUGAGGAAAUGUAUAUAAUGUGCUUUGUGUUUAUAAAAUGAAAUAGGGCUAAUAAAUUAUAUAUUCAUUUAUUUAUUUUUCAGAUUCCUUGCUGCAGAAAUGGUGUGUGGGAUACAAUACCUACACAAGAAUGGCAUUAUCCAUCGGUAAUCUAUUGUAUUAGUUAAUUAUUAUAUAUCGUAUGCUCAUUCUCUCUCAGUUCUAGGCUAUAAAUUUGUUAUCCUUUGUGUUUCUAAUUAUUGAAGACUGAUUUCUCAUUUGUAAAGUUUAUCUUCUUUACAGAGACCUGAAGCCUAGAAACAUCUUAUUGGAUGGCAAUGGUCAUCUUAAGAUUGCAGAUUUUGGCUUGGCAGUAGAAAAUAUGUUUGCUGGGAAAACUUGUAGAGAGUAUGCUGGCACAGCAGGAUACAUUGCUCCUGAGGUAACAAAUACAUUGCAAAUCCAAUAGUCUGUUAAUUUGAAACUAUUUAUAAAGAAAGGAGUGGAACAACAACAUAUCAUUAUGUACAUGGCACUAGAGUCUUCAGCUUAAAAUUCACUCAAAUUGGUAAUUUUCUUCAUAUUAAUCAAAUUAUAUCUAGAAAAUCACAAUUGAAGGCUAUCUGCAUAAAUUGUUCCAAGAUCUAAAAGAAGAAGAUAUAAUCUAUAAAGCGUAAAGAAAGUGAGGUUUUCUGGAGUAUUAUCCAAAAAUAAAAUACUCCAUCAUAGCAAAGCUAUUAAUAUAUCAAAAUAAUGAAAUUAUUGUCACUUUUAUUAUUCAAUGACUCUUACUAAAAUUCUGUAAAAUUAAAAUUACUACAUAUCAUCUCAAUUGAAAAGGCCCUUACUCCUCAAUUUUAGAAAAUGUGUCCUCUUUAAAAGAAAACAAUAUAUUUUAUGCAAUAUUUACAAAGUAUUGCAAAGUUUCAUGUCUUCUUGUCAUGUUCCACACUUUGUCUCUCCCCUACAAUUUAUUAUUUCGUAUUAAAUUUUUGAGAUUGUAAUAGAUUUUCCUAUGUGUCAAAUUUUGCCUAAUAUUCUUCUGUGUUCAUUAUAUUGGUAGAUGCUUCAAGAGCACAGAUACAAUGCUUCCAUCGACUGGUGGUCAUUCGGAGUGAUUCUGUAUAACAUGGUUACUGGAAAAAACCCAUUUUGCUGUGAUAAAACCAGCAACACUAAAGUUAAAUCUACACUGGAGGACACACCAAGUUAUCCUCCUUAUCUGUGUGCUGUUACACGAGACUUUUUAGAGAAGGUGGGUAUGAAUGUGCUAUAUAGGAUAAUACCAUAAAAUAGGAAAGAUAUGUUAUAAGGAACAGAUUUAUAGAACACCGAGUGGAGUUAUAAGAAAGAAAGGUUUGGAUAUGUUGGCUAUUUUUGCCACUUAAAUCCUAACUUAUAGAGAUAUCAUGUUAGAUAGAAGAAUAAAAUAAUCUUUGUGGUUGAAUGGUAAAUGUGGGUAGUUAGAGAAAGUAAAUUUUUUUUUUUUUUUAAAUCUUUAUUCCCCUACGAAAAUACUUGUAGCAGAAACAUAAUGUGUACUAUGUCUAAAGAACAGCAAGAAAACCCCAGGCACAAAUCCCAUCCCAAUAGAAAUAAGAAAAUAUGGUGAACAGUUAUGUCUUUAAAAAAAAAAAAUCCUUGAAUAUAAUUCUUAGUUUCUAUUUCACAAAAUUCCAUCAACUCCCACUGUAUCAUUUGAAGUGAAGAGAGAAAUGACCAGUUCAGCUCAUUAUGACCCCAAAACAGAUAGAUGAUAUGGGGUAACAGAAAAAAGAAUAGUGAUCUUAAAAUUCAAUUAAUAUUGUUUACAAUCUUAUAAUUCAAAUCAUAAUUAUUCUAUAAACAUAACUUAAAAUGCUUAUUGGAUAGAUUUUGUUUGACUGAUUUGUUUACUUUUGGGGGUUUUUACAGCUGCUUUGUAAAAGACCUUCCAAACGCCUUGGACACAAAGGAAAUAUACGCAAGCACCCCUUUUUCAAAUCAAUAAAUUGGGAGGAGCUUGAGGCUGGGCGACUAGUCCCACCAUUCUUGCCUUGCACAGUAAGUACAUCAAUAGAAGUUUAAAAUUGUGUGUGACUUAUGAGAUCUUUGAAAUAUUUUUUAAUUAACUCCUUCCCGACCUCGGACGUACCAGGUACGUCUGGCAAAAAUGGUCCUUAAGGACCUUGGACGUACCUAGUACGUACAUGGAAUUCUUAGUAUUUACCCGAUCGACGCCGUUCUCCCUCUGGCGAUCGGUGUUCCUCUCCAUCUGGGGGGGACUGUCUGACAGUCCAGACAGUCCCCCCUUAGUAAAUUAGGACCCCGCGGGCCAUGUGAUCGCACUGAAAGAGCGAUCACAUGGCAGCAAUAGGCGUCCAUAGUGGUGCCUGAAGGGGGACUGCCUGAACUGACAGGCAGUCCCCCUGCUGGUGAAAAAAAUUAAAUAAAAAUGUUUAGUAAAGAAAAUAAAUAUUAUUAUCUAUAUAAUAUGUAUAUAACACAUCAUACGAAGUGUAUUUUUUUAUUAAUAUAUAUAUAUUAAUAUAAAAAUAAAUUUAGAGUAAAAUUACGCACGUGUAUAUAUAGAAUAUAAAUAAUAACUAUAUAUAUUGUGUGUGUGUAUAUAUAUAUAUAUAUAUAUAUACAUAUACACACACAUUAUUAUUAUUAUAAAAAAUAAAUAAUAAUUAAAAAUAAAUAAAAAAUUUAUAUAUAUUUAAAUUCUAUGUGCAUAGUUAUGUAAUAUUUUUACACAAUUAAGUAAUUUUAUUGCUUGCAAUUUGAGGGACCUGCCUGACAACCUAGGCCAAAAGUCCAGAGAAUUUAAUUUGCUAGCACUGUAUUUAGCCCUGUAACUUUCCAUGUCACCCUAAAAGCUGUACAUUGGGGGUACUGUUAUACUCGUGAGACUUCGCGGAACACAAAUAUUAGUGUUUCAAAACAGUAAAACAUUUUACAGCGAUGAUAUUGUCAGUGAAAGUGAUGUUUGUUGCAUUUUUCACACACAAAUGGCACUUUCACUGAUGAUAUCAUUGUUGUGAUAUGUUUUACUGUUUUGAAACAAUAUUUACUAUAUUAUAUACAAUACUAAUAUUUGUGUUCAGCGAAGUCUCAUGAGUAUAACAGUACCCUGCAUGUACAGGUUUUAUAGUGUUUUUGAACAUUACAGGGUCAAAUAUAAGGCUUGAUUUUCAUUUUUUUCACAUUUAAAUUUGUCAGAUUGGUUAUGUUGCCUUUUAGAGCGUAUGGUAGCCCAGGAAUGAGAAUUACUUCCAUGAUGGCCUAUCAUUUGCAAAAGAAGACAACCCAAGGUAUUGCAAAUGAGGUAUGUUCAGUCUUUUUUAGUAGCCACUUAGUCACAAACACUGGCCAAAAUUAGCGUUCAUAAUUUUUUUUUGCAUUUUUAACACACAAACAAAUAUUAAUGCUAACUUUGGCCAGUGUUUGUGACUAAGUGGCUACUAAAAAACUGGACAUACUCCAUACUGAAUGCUCUAGAUUGUCUACUUUAAAAAAAUAUGUACAUGUGAGGUGUGAUUCAGAGAUUUAUAACAGAUAACAGUGUUCCAAUGUUACUAUUGAUACAUUUUAAAAAUAUAUAUUUUAAAACAUCAAUGUCCUACUUGUACUUAUAGCCCUAUAACUUUCUAAAAAAAGCUAAGAACGUGUUAACAUUGGGUAUUUCUAAAUUAAGGACCAAAUUUAGAAACUAUUUAACAUGGGUGUUUUUGGGCGGUUGUAGAUGCAUAACAGAAUGUGGGGGUCAAAGUUAGAAAAAUUGUGUUUUUUUAAUUUUUUCAUUAUAUUGCUUAAUUUUUUUUUAUAGUACAUUAUAUGAUAUGAUGAAAAUAAUGGUAUCUUUAGAAAGACCAUUUAAUGGUGAGAAAAACAGUAUAUAAUGUGUGCAUACAGUAAAUUAGUAAGUGCAAGUUAUAUUUCAGAAAAUAUUGUUAAAAAAAAACUAGUACAAGUUAAGGGAACACAAGUCUAAGGAAAGGGUAAAGGCAAAGAGGAAAGGUGAAUGCAAUGUGAAACCACAUCACGUUCUAUGAAAAAAGGGGACCCUUGUAUAUGAAGCAUAGUGUGGAACCACCUUUAAUCCUGAAGUAGAUAGAUUGGGAGGGAGGGGAGUGACAAAGAAAGAAAAUAGAAGGUAAGAAGGGAGGUAGAAAGCAAGAUAGAAGAGAAGAAAAUAACUUAUUAUAUGCGGGACCUGAACCCUACAGAGUAGUUCUGGAUUAUUGUUUAAUAGCUACCCUGUGUAACAUAUAAACUCACAUUGUGGUACCUCCAGGGAGAAGGGGAAUGGAAGGUAGAUAUUAAUAACUGAAUUUUCCACCAAUCUUUCUCUCAUAAUGGAAAUACAGAAUUGGAGUCUAAAGUGAUUACUGUGAGACUGUGAAUUCGACAAAUAUAAUUAAAAAAUGCUUAACAAAGAAUGUUCCAUUUCCCAACAGCCACAAUUCUAUGUAAGUGGUUUAACAUCUUAAGGUAGGAUAUCUGAGGCCAAAUCUGCAACCACAGAAACAUUUCUUUUUAAAUUAAACAAAGUGAAAAAUCAAUAAAUGGCGAACAAAUUAAUACAAAAUAUAAAUUGUAUUAACCAAUAUAAAUUCAUAAGGGGAUUCUAUUGUUGAAUCCUCCUGUAACCUUCCAAAGUAGUAUCCUAAAAUAACAUGCGCUUUCUCAAUAACAUGAGAAAAAUACUAUUCACUGAAGUGCUACUUUUCUUGAAAAGUUCUUAAAAAUGUGUUAUGGGAGAUCACAACAAUCUUUUAUAGGCAAACACCCCAAAUACUUGUACAAUUUUAUAUGUGCAGAUCCAGCAAAUCUAAGGAAAAAGACAAAGAAAUCCUAGUGCAACGCUGUAUAAAUAAUACAGCAAUUAAACACCUAAUGAAUUCAAAAUAAACAAGUCAACCAUUUAAACAUUCAAAUAAAUACCCUUAAAAAAUUGUCUAACCUUUACUUACAUCUUGUUUAUAUUUUUCUCUGUAGACAUCAUCACACGUUUCAAAAGAAACAAUGAGUGUUGAAGAAGCCAUAUCACAGGUAAAGACAGCGCAGAAGCCAAUAACUGCUAAAGACCAAAAGCUGUUUGAUGGCUUCACAUAUGUCAACCCCAAAUGGAUUACUGCAGUACAGCCAACAGCAGUCCCAGGACCAUCAGGGCUAGGAGAAACAUCUUCAACAUCUGCAUCAAUAAAGGUACUAAAAUAAAUAAUGUUAUUGCUAUUUGGAUUAAUUAGGAUCCUGGUUACUCUACUAUAACUAAACACAUUUAUUUUAAAAAAAUGAGCACGAGACCUAUUUUUUCAGAUUCCAUCAGGAUAUUAAUAAUACAGACUUAAAUGUUUAAUCUAAAAUGUUAGUAUGCGUUAAAUCAUGGAUGUCAAACACACGGGCUGCGGGCCACGGGCCGAAUGCGGCCCACAAUAAAUAUCUUUGUGGCCCAGCAAAGAUAUUCAUUGCUAAGGGGAACUGGAGGCACAUGGAGGUGGGCCAGAGGCAGGCCAGAGGUGCAUGGAGCUGCACAAUGUCACAUCACGUUCCAACGUGACGUCUACAUGCUCCGCCUUCAAGGGGUUUCAGGUCUGGCACAAGAUACGGAUGGCACCAUUGGGUGUAUAGAUGCAGGACUCCAAAUUCAGAUACACAAUGUGAGUGGAGUCCGAGUCUGGAGGCUAAUAUUGUGAGGGUUUCUUAAAACAUGGGCAGGGGUGUGGGGCUGGAGUUUGGUGGGGUUUAGUAAAGGGAUGGGCUGGAGUUUAGUAGAAGGGAGCUGGAGUUUAGUAGAAGGGGUGAAUAGGGUUUAAUAGAGGGGUUGAGGGGUGGAUAGAGUUAGUAGAAGGGUGGAUAGGGUUUAGUAGAGGGGGGACUGGGGUAUAGUAGAGGCAGAGACAUAUAUCUGUAGCUCGGGUAGCAAAGGACAGAUUGAUAGUCCAGGAUAUAGGUAUUUCUAAAUUAUUUUCCAAUAGGUAUACUGACUAAAUCUGGACCAUAUGUGUGCCUGGAGGACUAGACUUGGAACCACUGUUGUAGACCAUUCAAUGCUAUUAUGUCUGCUGUUUAAUAGAUCUGUUAGGGAUAACAUUGAUUAUUUUAUAUGUAAUUAAAUGUCUUUCAGAAGGAAAGCUACCAUGAAAAUCCACCCUCUUCUUAA